UGGGUGCCUUGGGUGAGCCUUGCGCCGAGUCUGACAAGCGCCGGGCCUGGGAGUGACAGGAGCGUGAUGGCGGACGGCGGGGCAGCGGUCGCCGCCUCCCUGCCCGUGGGCGAGGCGGUGGGCGACGAGCUGAAGGACGACACGCCGGGGAUCAGCGGGGAGGUCAUGCUGGUCAACACGGACAGCUUCGAGGAGUGCAACCACGACCUGGACACGCAGUUCAGCGGCGGCGAGGACGGGCCGGACUCCCCCCUCAGGAAGGUGCAGCAGGAGGAGGAUAAUGAGCUGGUGGGCGGCAUGGGUAAUGUCUCAGUAACAGAGGAAACUAAGGUGUCCGAGGAGGCUGCGGUAGAAGCAGAGGAUGGGGAGGAGGAGGAUUGUGUGGAUGAGGAGUAUUUGCACAGUCCAGAGUGGAUACAGAAGGAGAAACAUGUCUUCAUUCUGAGCGAAUCUGGAAAACCCAUAUACACCAGGUAUGGUAAAGAGGAUCGGCUGGUUACUCUCUUUGGCCUGAUGCAAGCGCUGGUCUCAUUUGUGGCGGAUGGAGAGGAUAUAAUCAGGUGCAUCGUUGCUGGGGACCACAAGUUUGUGUUUUUGGUAAAGUCGCCCCUCAUCUUGGUGGCUGUCUCUCACUCAGUAGCCAGCAUCCCUCAGCUCAUCAUGCAGCUCACAUACAUUCACAACCAGAUAGUCAGUGUGCUCACAGCAUCGGCACUCACACGCAUGUUUGAAAAGAGGCGGAAUUAUGACUUCCGACACUUGCUGGGGGGAACAGAACGGCUACUUGACAACCUUCUCAACAUGCUGGACUCGCACCCUUCCUUCCUGUUGGGAGGUGUCCAAUGCCUCCCCCUUGCCACUGCAACACGAGACACCAUCACACAGACCAUCAUACAGUACUGCUCCAAAAUCAAAAACCUUGUGUUUGGCCUCAUCAUCUGCCAGAACCAGCUCAUCUCUCUGGUGAGAAUGAAGAAGUUCCUCCUGCAUCCUGCUGAUCUUCACCUCCUCUUCAAUCUUGUCAAUGCCACAGAGUCUUUGAAGACAAGUGAAAACUGGAUGCCCAUCUGUCUGCCAAAGUUUGACCCAAAUGGUUACCUGUAUGGCCAUGUGUCAUAUCUGGCUGAUGAUUGUGAGGCUUGUCUGCUGUUGCUGUCUGUGGACAGAGAGCAAUUCUUCACGCUGUCUGAAGCCAAGCAGAAGAUUGUUGAUAGGUUGCGAAGACACCACUGUCUGGAGGGCAUCAACACAGCCAUACGUAGCUCAGCAUACACCGUGGGAGCUGUUGGGGCCCCAGAGCUGAGACAUUUUCUCUACAAGUCAAAAACCACUGCACAGUUCACUUGCCCUGAGUAUACUGCUCCGUACCAUACGCAAAAGCAGCAGCAGAAGCUGUUUGGCCUGUACCAGCAGCUACACCAUCGGGUUCACUCAGUGUCACGUCCACUCAAGAUGGUGUACAUGGUCAUGGACACACACACACUGCUGGGAUGGGUUACGAAGGAGUUUGAGCUGUAUGCAACACUGGAGCCUCUAGUCACUAAACAUAAUGCCAUCAUCUACAUAAAUAAGCUGCUCAGGUGGAUCAAGAAUGAAGAGAACAAGUUGUUUAUAUUAAGCUCUCCCACUUUUUAAAUUCUGUAAAUAUUUUAUACAUAUUCCAGUAUUGUACAAAUGUGAUCUCUGUACUUCCUUUUUUAUUGUUCCUGAUUCGUGAUAUUUAUAUAUUUAAAGUGUACAUAACUGUUAAUUCAUUUCUGAAUCAAGUUAAUGACACUAUAAAUUUGUUAAUAAACAUUCCAAAAAUGA